AUGAAUACAGUUUCUGAUAAUUUAUCGAGUGACGACAGAAAAGUGAUCAUUACCAGCGGGAGUUUUGGUGAAGGACUGCAGAUGAUUGGUAGUGAUCUAGAUAUUAUGUUUGUAAUGAAAUAUGUCGAGGUUCAUGAUGAUAUAACAUCUAUUGUUUUCGAUUCUACAAAAACGCAUGUUUCACUGUUGACAGAGGAUUCAAAACUAGGUUAUGUUAUGUUACGUCUUAUCAGCAGUCGUCAUGCCUUCGUGCGUAAAAUUUGUGAACAAUUCAGAGGGGACAAUUAUUUGUCAAAUACCUUAUUCAAGAACAGGUUUUUAGACGAGACUAUGCCCGUUGUACAUGGACCUUGUGUAUCCGACAUAGAAGGUGCUUUUGACAAUGCUCAUUGCCUUCAUAGUAAAUAUUGGGUCACGUCUGCGUCACAAUGGACUAUGAGGUCAACUAAUUCAUGGCCAACUCAAAAUACAAAGCAGAUGAUCAUUAAUCAUGGUGUGCUUUUUGUACCAAUUGGUUUUAAAGGGUCACCACACGAGGAACUAGAAUGGAGAAUGUCAUUCUCAGUUGGAGAAAAACUUCUACUUUAUACAUUUAGUCAUACGCAGUUACUGUGUUAUGCGCUCAUGAAAAUUCUUUUAAAAGAUUUAAUAAAUACUGAUAGUAGAUGUAAAGAUUUAUUGUGUUCUUAUUACCUGAAGACAAUAAUGUUCUGGAUAUCAGAAGAAUUACAACUUUCUGUAUGGACACCUGACAAUUUGAUACCUUGUUUUAUGAGAUGUUUCCGUCGGCUGAUUUAUUGUGUGCAGUAUCAAGUUUGUCCGCAAUAUUUCAUUCCAGGAAAUAAUUUGUUUGAAAAUCAGAUUGAAGGACAUGAUUGGGAUAAUUUAAUUGAUACACUCCGUGUUUUAUUUGGCUAUGGAUGGCAAUGCAUUUUCUUUUCAAGACAAAUAUCACAUGUUUCGGUUUUGUCAUGCAACAUUCAAAAUAAUGACAGUUACAUGUAUUUUAAAGACAUAAAUAAACUGUUAAGGUCAAACAUAUUUGUAGGUGUUGAUUCUGUGCAGGGUAAACAGAACUACUUCAGUAAAGCUGUAUAUUACAUUAUGGCUUAUAAUUCCAAGAAAUUGAAAUAUCUUCAUGCAUAUUUCGUGUCAUUGGUGUGCUACAAUACAUGUGAGUCCAUCCCCCUGACCAGUGCACUAAGUAAUAAGAAUCGAUAUAAACAAUACAACACUUGUAUGAGUUAUCUACUAAUGAGCAUAAACCAUGAUACGGUAUCGGAGUGGUUGAAGAUUGCUUCUUUUUUUUACAAAGCAAAACAAUACAGGAAUUCUCUCAUAAUUAUUUUGUAUGCACUCUCGAAGUGUACACCUGACAAACUAUUCCGCGGAGCAGCUCUGUCCGUCGUCUACUCAAAUGGCAUGCAGUUAGAAAACAAGGAGUGGUGCGUUCCCUUAAAUUUGUACUGGCAGAUCCUGUCAAUUUUAAAACUGGUACAUUUAUUCCUAUAG